UGGCAGUCAAAGAAAUGCAUUUAUUUGUGGGACCGAGGAAGUACAUGUAAAUGGAGGAAAAAUUUCUGGCAGAAAUGCUAGUCAAAAUUAUAUAAACAUUAUAAGCUGGAUUAAUUCCUGGGCUGUUUCUAUUGUAACCGAACGGGCCUAGCCCACAACCGUAGCCCAUCACACCCUCUGCCACGGGCUGCGAGCUUGACCCAGCCGAGCAGGGUUUCAGAAAUUUAUUGGGCCGGGCUUGGGUUGCCCUACUAGGGCAGGCCGGCUUUCCAGAAUCUUCCAGUUCCAGCAGUUCGUUGCUUCGGCCGUCUCCAGUCUCCACGCCCCGCUGCUUCCACCACCGUGUACCACCACCACCGCGGCCAUGGCCUCCUCCGCCGAUCCGGACGCCUCCUCCACGCCGCCAUCGGCGCCGCAGCCGGAGCCCGCACGGAAGGGGGUCCGCGUGGUGGUGAAGGGGCGCGUCACGGGGGUGGGGUUCCGCGACUGGACGGCCUCCACGGCCGAGUCGCUCGGCCUCGCCGGCUGGGUCCGCAACCGCCGCGACGGCAGCGUGGAGGCCCUCCUCUCCGGCGACCCCGCGAAGAUCGAAGACAUGAUAACCCGCCGCCUCCCCGUCGGGCCCCCAGCCGCCACCGUCACCGCCGUCGUCCCGUCCCCGGCCGAGCCCGUCGAUCCGUCCGCCGGGUUCGAGAUCAAGUUCACCGUCUGAUCCGCCCGUCCCGCAACAGGUUCGCGUCUCGCCCGCGCGUUCUUGGACGGUCUAUUUGUGUACUACUACUGCGAUUAAAGAUCAGAGGCGACACCUAAUGCACCGUACUGUUUACCUGGAAAGCUCUGCUUGGGGAAAUUCAUGUCAGAUUGUGAGUGCAAACCUGUUUCCUACUACCAAGUGUCCAAGUCUGAAUAUUAAUAAUCUGUAAGUUAUGCCAGGAUUCAGAUGGAAACUUUUUUGGCACUGAGAAAUGUGUUGCUUAAUUUGGCUUGAAAA